GGCACCUGGAGAAUCGUGGCCACAAACGGUACUCACCCAGCGGUCGCCGCAGAGUACCCCUCCCUGCUCCCCCAGCUUCCCAUCCCAGGACGCCAUGUGCUGGGCCACCCUCACUGCCUCCUCUCUGUGUGACGCUGCCCGUCUCUGUCAGAGGACCAGGUGGCCGCCAGCCGCCAAACUUCCUCUCUCCCACCUGUUUUUUUGCUACACGGGGUGGGGACUUCUCCCAGACUCCCCUGGUGACGACGAUACUGGGCUGUUCUGGCCUCUGUGGGGAGGGCAUGGUUGUCAGGCGGCGAGCCCGAUGCAGACCAUGAUGGCAGCAGGUGUCAGUGCCAGCUCAGGCUUCUGCCCAUGUUUACUGAACCUCAGGAGUGCAGGAGGGGCAAGCGGGCAUCUGGGGCUCAGAAACAGCGAGUUCUGGGGCUGAAUCCAGCGCAGACCCCACUGCCUCUGCACCGAGGCCUGGCCCCUGUAUCAUCCGCACCGUGUGAAGCUGCCCGGCCUCUGGACCUGUGCCGCCCGAACUUCCUGCAAGAAGCUGAACUACUGCACUGAGCGCCCACUCCAAAUGGGCAUCCCCUGCUGCCUGCGGACAGAGCCCUGCGAGGCCCACCGGCAUGAAAACGGCACAGGGGCAGGGACUCCCCCCAGGCCCACCCAGCCCCCUGCUCUCUGAAAUGAAGGGAGGGGGCAGACGGAGUAAGCGGUGCCCUCUGCCCUGUCCUGUCCUGCCAGGGGUCCAUGGGCCGCCCACUUCCUCAGACCUGACUGCCAGCUUGCAUGGUGCAAGUUAGCCCAGGUCCAAGAACGUGAUGACGUCACAGACCCGGGGUUCCAGAAGGCUUGGGUGGCCCGGCACUCCCACCUCCAUAGAACACAGGAGCUGUUAGCUUAGUGCAGCUGCAGUGUUGUUGGGCAGGAAGAGGAGGCUUCUACCCCAACCGCCUUGCUGUGCAGACCCUCACAGGAAGCCCUGGGCCGCCUGGGACCUGGGGGCAGAGAGGGAUGGGAGAGAGUGAGAGAGGAGAGAGUGGAAAGAGCCAAGGGGUGAGCACUGCGUGAGCGAGGGAUGCGGCCUCCCCAGCUCCCCCAGGCUCUCAGCGGGACGUCUGUGAGCCGAGACCCAGAAGCCGCCAGCCGCACCUUCUCCCUCUGCGCAUGGCGGGGCCGCUACUCCUCUCCUGGGCCAGCUGCCUCCUGGUGGUGAACCAGGCCUUCAUCAUCCACCGCUGUGACCUGGCCAAGGUGCUGCACGAGCAGGAGCUGGAGGGCUUUGAGGGCUACUCCCUGAGCGACUGGCUGUGCCUGGCUUUUGUGGAAAGCAAGUUCAACACUUCAAAGGUGAACGAAAAUGCAGAUGGCAGCUCUGACUACGGCAUCUUCCAGAUCAACAGCCACUUCUGGUGCAAUGAUUAUCACAGCCACACAGAAAACUUUUGCCACGAGGACUGCCAAGACAUGCUGAGCCCCAACCUGCUCUCCUCCAUCAGCUGCGCAAAGAAGAUUGUGUCCGGGUCAAGGGGCAUGAAGUACUGGGUAGAAUGGAGGCUGCACUGCGCAGGCCGGCCACUCUCCUACUGGAUGACAGGAUGCCGCCUGGGAUGAAGCAGGGGGACCCACGGGGGAGCUGUCCCAGGACUCCGGUCCUCGCCUGGGGAUCCUUUACGUCUUCCCCUCUGGCCUCCACUUCAUAGUCUUCUCUUUCCUUCCAUUUACAAGAAACACUGCCCAGAGCCCCAGCAAUAAACGGUUGUCUCGGGCUUCCUCCGGGCUCCAUCCAGGCCCCGGUCCCCUGGUUCCUGUCUGUCAUUUGCAAACCAAGAGGACCGUGAUAAAGAGAUUUCUGUUUGUGGUUUAUUAAAACAUUUCUUGUGCA